GAAAAAAAAAGCACUCAAAAACUGUUGUCGCACUAAUCCGUCAAAGAGAUAAACUCGCCCUCACAUUUAUUCUUCAAAUGAAGUAGACAGUUAAUUCACACAAAUCCGGAGAUUAUAUAUAACUUCAGAUUUCAUGCUUGGCUUCGCUACAAGGAAGAUGAAUGGUACAAGUGGCAUACAGAUGCAUGCAGCUGCAGUGCCUCACACUUUCUUCAAAUUUCAGAGAAUCAGAGCUCCUCCAAUCGCAUUGCAUGUCUCCAAUUCAAAGGAAGUAGCAUCAUCAACUUCUUUGAUAAGUAGAAGAGCUGCAAUCCUGGGUUUGGUGCUACUCCCUUCAUUAAUUCAACCCACUGUACCAUCUCCUUGCAAAGCAGAGGUUGAGGAUGAAGACCAACAAGAAGAAGACAGAGUCGUCCAACUUUUUCAGCAAACUUCACUUUAGUAUUUGCCUCAACUUCAAGUUUCACAAAACUAUCCUAAAAUGUCUACUUCAGCUUCUAGACCCCCCAUUAGAAAGGACCCUACUUGGAAAUAUCAUGAGGAUUUUCUAGGGCAAGGAAAGGGGCAAACAAAAUGUAUGUUUUGGAAAACAAUAUUCCAUGGAGGUAUAUAUAGGCUGAAAUACCAUAUUGCUGGUGUGUGUGGAAAUGAUGCCGAACCAUGCCUAAAAGCAGUCCUUGAGGCCGUACAUGAAUGUUAUGUAAUGGUUGAGGAAAUUGAAAGGAAAAAGAAACAAAAGGAGGAUUGAGUGGCCAUUGGGAGAGAGACAUUUUUAGGAAGAGGGACAUAGUUAGGUUGUGUUGGAGGCCCUUCUUCCUUACCUCCAUAUCGUCCCAUUCAGUUUGCUACUGCUGGUGUUUCCGCUUCUACUUCUGCUUCUAUAAGUGGCAGUGCCACCGCCACUUCUCAUGCUCCUAGCACUAGUAGUUGUAGUGGGAGUGUUAGCACUGGACCUAGGAUUCGUAAAUCUAGGUUGGAUUCCUUCUUUGUGCCUCGCACUACUCCUGGGUCCCAAUCGUCGCUUGAGGGCAUGGGUUGGAACAAGGAAGUCCAUGAUGCUGCUAAAAUGGCAGUUGGUAGGUUUUGGAGCUACAAUUGUAUUCCAUUCUUUCUAGCCAGGUCUCCUUAUUGGCAAGAAAUGGUUGAUGCUAUUACCAUAUGCGGGGCGGGGUUCAAAGCCCCUAGUGAGAGUGAUUUGAGGGGACCCAUUUUGUCUCAAAUGGUGGAUGAUGUGAAGAAGGAUUUAGAUGAACAACGCCAGAUAUGGAGCACUAAAGGUUGCACCAUCAUGACUGAUGGUUGGACGGAUAGGAGAAAUAGAACUCUCCUUAAUUUUCUUGUUUCUUCCGCAGGGGGCACCGUUUUCAUCAAGUCCAUUCAUGCCUCCGCCCAUUGCAAGAAUGCCACCUACCUAUGUGAGCAGAUAGAGGAGGUGAUUGAAGAUGUGGGUGAGGAGAACAUGGUAUAGGUGGUGACCAACAAUGCGGCAAAUUAUGUUGCUGCGGGUAGACUAUUGAUGGAGAGGCACCCAUCUAUAGUUUGGACUCCAUGUGCUGCUCAUUGCAUUGACCUCAUGUUGGAGGAUAUUGGAAAAAUACCAUGGGUCAAGAGAUGUGUAGAAAGGGCAAAAAAUGUCUGCAAAUUUGUAUAUAAUCAUUCAUGGGUGUUGGCUCUUAUGAGACAAUACACAAAGCAGAAGGAGUUAGCUCGUCCAGGAAUCACAAGAUUUGCCACAAAAUUCCUUACAUUGCAGUCCAUGCUUAGGUCUAAGUCUGCCUUGAGACGUAUGAUUGUUGGUGAGGAGUGGUCUCCUCAUCCUAUGCUACCACCCCUGCAGGGAAAGAUAUGACAGACUGCAUUUUUGAUGAGCAAGACUUUUGGGUCCCUUGUGAUGAGAUAGUGAAGUUUGUUAAGCCCUUGGUGGUUUUGUUGCGAGUUGUGGAUGGAGAUAAGCCCGCAAUGGGCUAUAUAUAUGAGGGCAUGGAUAGGGCGAAGGAGGCCAACAGAUUCGUCUAUGGAGGAGAUGAGAGCAAGUAUGGUCCCAUUUGGGAGAUCAUUGAUAGGAGAUGGCAUCAUCAGCUUCAUAGGCCCAUCCAUGCGGCAACCUAUUAUCUGAAUCCGGCAUUCUGUUUUAUCCCUUCUUUCAAGGCUGAUGUGGAGGUCCAUAAUGGGCUAUACGCAAUCAUGGAGAAGAUGGGACCUGCCGGUAUUUCUCAGAUAGACCUUUUUCGAGAGCUACAAUUGUUCUCAGGUGCACAAGGGGAGACCUUUUCUCGUCCUGUCGCCAAAGACGGUAGGACAACUAUGAUGGCAGAUCAUUGGUGGAGCUUUUUUGGCCCAGAGACACCAAAUAUUCAGAAGUUGGCCAUUCGCAUCUUGAGCCAACCAUGUAGCGCAUCAGGUUGUGAGCGCAAUUGGAGUAUGUUUGAGCACAUACACUCCAAGAGGCGCAAUAGAUUAUCUGUGGAGAAGAUGAAUGAUCUCGUCUUUGUUCACUACAACCUCCGCUUGAGAAUGAGAAAGAAUGCAUUAGUUGACAUCUCUCCUAUCAUUCUAGAUGAGGUUGAUCUUGAAGCAGAGUGGGCCAAUGAGAAUCAGACAGCUCCUGGGACUCCUACAGCUGUCUUUAGUGAUGAUGACAUUGAUUGGAUCGACCAGGUAGAUAUAGAGGUUGAGGCUGUAGCCAUGGCAGAGGAGGAGCAAAGAGCACGAGCAGAGACAGGAAAUACUGAGACUCAGAGUGACACAACUGUUCCUGAUGUUGGUGAGCAUGGCAUGGUGUCACGGGGAGCGACUAUGGCUGCUGAAUCAUCCAGGACCUACUUUAAACGCCUUCGCAGGGGGCCAGGGCGAGAGGGUGCACGACCCUCAGAGCCAUAGGAUUCAACCAGAUCAGUUGUCUCUAUAAAAGAUAUCGAAGUGCUAAACUCCAGGGCAAUUAACCAGUCAUCAACAUCAGAACUGACAGAUGGAAAAGUGGAAGGCACAGGUUCUGGAUUUGUUUGGGACAAG